CUUGAAGUAUGAAUCAGCAUAUUGAAAUCUGUAAGGUUGAAGUUCCUUAAAGCGUAUCUCAACCUUGGUUGACAAAUUUGACAGGCCAAACGUCCUUGAAAAGCAUUGAGUACUGUGUGGUAAUCGUGAUGGAGUUCUGCGCAGCUUUGGAAGAAAGGCGAAAGUUUCUGUUGAACCAUUUGCAGCGUCAGGUUAAAGAUUCUAAGGAAUUGGUGGAAAAUAGUCAAGAGUCAUGUGAUCAGCUACCCCUUUCUGAAACGAAUUAUGCAAAUAUUUAUUCAGAACUAGUUAAAGAGGUUGAGUGGAAAGCAAUUAAUCGUUUCCAGAGAUUGAUUAAUAACAUUGAAAUGCUCUCGAAAGGUCUUAAAUCGGCUCCAGUGAAUGAUGAAGCUGUCAAACUUGAUAUUCAUAAGAUAAUUGAGGCACACUUGAAGCGUCAAAGUACCACUAAAGAUAGUGUCCUUAACACAGAAAAGCUGUAUAGUUUGCUCGAAGCUGAAAAGUCAGAGCGACUUUCUAAUAAUCUAGCAAGCAAAAAGCUAAAAGGAUCAGUGUCACGCAGGCUCCAUCCAGUAGUCUCACAAAGUUACAUGAAAAAUUUAUAUCAACUUUCAGGAACUAAUGGAAAAACGGAAAAAGUCCUCGAGAAGAGCUGGCCAAAAUCAGAAAAUGGCUUUUUCUGUUUACUCCGUGGAUUCCUAACUCAUGGAGGUGAACGACGAAAAUUAACCACAGCUCAAAUAUGUGAACAUGUUCGUGAGUGGCAGUUGUACAAUCAAAGCAGGUUAAGGAAACUUGGUCGGGCUUACAAUUGGAUUGAUCGGGUAUACAUGCUAAGCCUAGUAUAUAUAUUUGUUAACUAA